GAAGCUAUGUAUUCCUGCAGAUCUACGAGCUAACUGCUGAUAUGUCCUUAAAGAGACUAUCAAGUGUCAAACCUAAGCCACUCAACUUACAACCUGUGAAUAUCGAAUCAAAAGAAGAUGGUAAAAGCAAAUCAGCUGCAUUGUCUUCCAAUGGAAACGUCGUGACAAAAUCCGAUGACUUCGCUCGGAUAGUGUUUCUUGGAUCAGCCAGAGUUGGCAAAACUGCAAUCAUUCAGCGCUUUUUGCAUGAUUCUUUCGAUCCAAAGUAUAUCCCGACAGUUGAAGAUAUUCACUCAAAGAAAUGCAUUGUGCGAGACCGACUGGUGCGUUUGCUGCUAAUCGACACUGCCGGGAGUUACGAUUUUCCAGCAAUGUUGCGAUUAUGUAUUGCGCAGGCCAGCGCCUUUGUUAUUGUAUUUUCCCAUGACAAUGUUGAUUCUCUUACACGGGCUGGCCAAUUAUUGAGCCAGAUAAAAUCGCAAAGAACCGAUUACGCUCCAAUGUCUUCCGUCACACCGUAUAAGGAAGAGGAGCAUUCGGAAGCCUUUCGGUAUGGCUCAGUAGUUAUUCCACCACCACCAGUCACUGUCGUGUGUAACAAAUCUGACUUGCCAGCCACACACUCACAAGUUAGUGAAGGAGCUAUCAUGGAGUGGUUACUGAUGAACGGUCUUAAACCAUCACAAUUUGUUUACUCCAGUGCAAAAUCAAAUGAUUCCAUAAUGUCUAUCUUCAAGUCAUUGUGGACGCAAAAUGAACUGACUAAAGCUGUAUCGUUUGAGCGUUGGAAUGGCCCUAAUCGGGCCAGCUUCUAUACCAAACCACCACGCACCCCGUCUUCUGCUCCAGUAGCUACCGAUUUCUCAGCCAUCAAUGAAUCGAUGACACAACGGCAGACUGUCUGUAAUGCGGAUGAUAGUAACCGCGGCGAAAGUGGUUUACAUAAAUCGAGAUCCAGCAUCUUUCGAAAUAGCCUACGCUUGAGACGACGAUCCAGUUCGAAAUCCAGCAAAGCCAAAUCUGACACGAUAAAGAUUGAAUGUGUGAUUUCGUGAACAACGAAUUAUGAACUGCUAUUUUUUAUCUAAAUAUGUCCAAAAUUUAUGUAUUUUCUAUAUGUCACAGCUGCGUAAAUGCCUAAUUUACACGUAUUUCUUACUGUCUAACCUUUAUUUUUUGUUAUUGG